UUUCUUUUCUUUUUUUUUUUUUUUUCCGGAGCUGGGGACCGAACCCAGGGCCUUGUGCUUGCUAGGCAAGCGCUCUACCACUGAGCUAAAUCCCCAACCCUAGUAUUUUUUUUUUCUUUUCUUUUUUUUUUUUUUUUUUUUGGAGCUGGGGACCGCUAGUAUUUUUUUUUUUUUUCUUUUUUAAAGACAGUGGUUUUCUGUUUAGCCCUGGCUAUCCUGGUUCUGAAACUUGUUAUAUAGACCUGGUUGAUCUUGAAAUCAUAGAAAUCCAUUUAUGUCUGCCUUGUGAGCGCACCACCAAGCCCAACGCAGUGACUCAACUUUUUUGGUUAGUUUCCGCUGAAACAUCUCCCAGAAUGGAUUUGGAUAAGGGAGGCAGGGUCAAUACAGCCAGAACUGGUUUUGAAUACAUACUCAAUUAGCAAGCUGUAUUCCCAGAUUGAACAUUUAGGGAAAUCCCUUAAUUUAUGCAUAUGCAUAAUCAGAUUCACAUAUGAUUAAAAUCAGAUGCGUCAUGGGAAAAGACACACCAGAGCAAAGGCUUACAUAAUCUUACGGAUCAACUUAAGUAGAAAACCACUCACUCUAUAUCCCCUUAGCAACCAGUUCCUCUUUCUCCUCCUUGUCCUCAGAAAAUGAGAACUCAAGCAAGCAGUCACCCCCCCGGGUAUUCUAACUCAGUAGGGCUUGCAGCUUCUCUGAUCUGGAAUAUCAUUUUGCUUCUGAAUAAAGUUAACUUUCCACUUCUCUGUGUGCCAUUUGUCCUUCUUUCCAUAAGAGCAGGAACCUGGGAGUACCAUGUCCAGACAGUGACCCAUGAUAACCAAGCAUACAUAGCUUUUAUUUUAAACUUACUUUAUGUAUGUGAGUACACUGUAGUUGUCUUCAGACACACCAGAAGAGGGUAGUAGAUCCCAUUACAGAUGGUGUGAGCCACCCUGUGAUUGCUGGGAUUUGAACUCAAGACCUCUGGAAGAGCAGUCAGUGCUCCUAACUGCUAAGCCAUCUCUCCAGUCCUUCAAACAUAUCUUUUGUGAGCUACUUCGACACUGGGAUGAGGGAUUUUAUUUCACGUAUUGAAAAAUGAUCUGGAGCUAGAGAGAUGACUCCGCCGUUAAGAGUGCUUGCUACACAAAUUGUGAGGACAGGAGUUCAGAGCCCAACAGCCAUAACAAACGGGAGAUGAUAUGAUUGGUUCCACAGAUAUCCAUAAAUCCAGUUCCUAGUGAUCUGGUGACUUUGGAGGGCCUUUCAGGCGUGUGCACCCACCCAUACACACCCAGACAUUCACGGAGACACACACAUAAGAAAAUGGUUUUUUGUGUGCUCCACUGUAGUCUUUUUGCAAGAUUUCCUUUUGUGUGCAUGGGUGUUUUGCCUGCAUGAAUGCCUUGCACCACAUAUGUGUAGUGGCUAGAAGAGGCAUUCAGAGUCUUCGGAAUUGGAACUACAUAUGGUCAUGAGCCACCAUGUUGGUGCUAGGGACUGAACUUGGUUCCUCUGGAUGGUCAGCCAGUGCUCUUAACCAGAGAGCCAUCUCCCCAGACCCUUGAUAAGGACAUUUUUUUUCUUUUCUUUUUUUUCGGGAGCUGGGGACCGAACCCAGGGCCUUGCGCUUGCUAGGCAAGCGCUCUACCACUGAGCUAAAUCCCCAACCCCUAGGACAUUUUUUUUUUAAAGCUAAAAAAAAAAAAUCGAUAUUGCAGGAAGACAUCUCUGUCAAGAAGACAACAGGAGGUCAGUAACAUAAUAGAAGUCAAAGCAUUUCAAAGUUAUCAAGAAUCCUUUUUCUUAGACAAGGCUCUUUAUUGUGCUGACUCGUGAAUGCUUUCUUCUUGUUAGCACAGAAAAUGGCAAUUUGCAGUCUCUCCUCUGUCAAAACAAAAUGUCUUAGGUCAACAAGACUUUCAGUAAAGAAGGGUACUUCUUUCCCUUAUAUUUCUAUCUUUAAGGACACAAUCACAGUGUGUAAUUUUACAAUGUUUCCAAGGCACUGAAAGAACAGAUUUGUUGUAAGAAGAUUCUAUUCUGGCCACACCUCAGGUCAAUUUUGAAGACAAAGUAUUAUUAAUAACUAGAGGCAGCCAACAAGUUUUAGAAAAUCUGUGACUCACAGACUCAUUUUUAGCUACUUUGGUUAAGAAUAUCUGAAGAUGAGGGGCUGGAGAGAUGGCUCAGCGGUUAAGAGCACUGACUGCUCUUCCAGAGGUCCUGAGUUCAAUUCCCAGCAACCACAUGGUGGCUCACAACCAUCUGUAAUGGAAUCCGGUGUCUUCUUUCUCAUGUGUUUGAAGACAGCUACAGUGCACUCAUAUACAUAAAAUAAAACGAACCUUUUAAAAAAAAAGAAUAUGUGAAGAUGGCCUGGAGAAAUGGCUCAGUGGUUAGGAGUACUGGAUGUUUCUAUAGAGGAUCUGAGUUCAAUUCUCGCACUGACAUGAUGGCUUACAAUUGUUUGUAACUCCUGUCCCAGAGGAUUUGUGGCAGCAAGCAUAUAUAUGGUGCACUUGUGUACACAUGCAGGCAAAUACUCAUACCAGUGGAAUAAAGAAAAACUGAAGACUCGGGCUAGGUUCAGUUUUAUCUAGAAAUAAAAAUUCGGGGCUGGGGAUUUAGCUCAGUGGUAGAGCGCUUACCUAGGAAGCGCAAGGCCCUGGGUUCGGUCCCCAGCUCCGAAAAAAAAGAACCAAAAAAAAAAAAAAUUCUUCUUCACCCUGUCUCUCAGAUACAUUGAGAAGGUGCACGCACUAUUUGUGAAUUUGAUUUUGCUUUCUAGAAGACAAGCUCUGUAAUAAAAAGGACAAUUUGGAAACCAUGAAGUAUUUAAAAAGAAAAAAGGUAGCUUUGGGCCGUAGAGGUGCAGGUCUUUAAUUUCUGUGCUCUGGAGACAGAAGCAGAUGGAUCUUUGAGUACAAGGCCAGCCUGGUCUACAAAGUGAGUUCCAAGACUGCUAAGAACACCCAGAAAAAUCUUGUCUUGAAAAACAAAACAACAAAACAAAACAAAAGACACACCAAAAAACCCCCGAAAAACAAAACAAGCAACUAACAAAACCCCAAGAGCAGAUUACAUGCUAUGUGGGUUUUAUAAUAAAAUCGGUAUUAUUAAAGUAUGCACACAUAACAAAUAUUUACCAUUUUAAUUUUUUUCAAAGGAGUUUGGAUGAAACAUGUUACAUGGCAGAGGCAUCCAAAGAAUGAGUGUGGGCUUCUCACACACUGAGAGCUGGGGCUUUAGCUCUACAGUAGAACCGAGGACCAGUGCUCAGCACCAUCUGUUCACCUUUAACCCCAGCACUUAGGAGGCAGCAGGAGAAAAGUCUGAAUUUUAAAGUCAUCUCUACUUACACAGUGAGUUUGUUUGGAGACAGAGACAGAGACAGAGACAGAGACAGAGACAGAGACGGGAGGGGGGAAGAGAGAGGAGAGAGAGGGGUCAUUUUAAGUAUACAUUUAAUCAUUGUGGAGUAUUCACCAGAGAACUGCUGAGAUGGGGGUUUAAGCCAAUAGAAAGUCUUUAUUAGCCUGCCAGCAACUACACUGGGUAUUUGGGAUCCCGGUUGUACCCCAAAUUCUUCCUCAGAAUGAGCUUUUAAGGGCACAUACACACUUGCACAUACACUAAAACAAAACCCCAAGAAACAAAGCAACCUGCCCCCCCCCCCCCAAAUGUCUUGAGUUGAUGUGCUUUGGUUAAUAAGAACAGUUAGCCCGUAGCAGUACUAGAGACACCACAAAACAGUGUUAGUACAUUUAUAGCUUUCUCUUGAAUUACAUAGACUUUGAUGGGUUAGGGUCAUUUUGGGAGGUGGUGCUGUCCAUGAGCCGAGUUUAACAGCCUGAAUGGCACUUCCACCAUGGAGUCAGUUGUGCUAAGCUCCCUUAUAGUAAUUAAAUGAAGGAGGUUUUGGUCGUUGUUUUAUCGUGUGUGGGAUACUAGACUUGACCCCAGAGCCUUCCAGAUGUUAAACAUGCUGUACUGCUGAGGUGUGGCUGCAGCUCUGUAUUUUUGAAAAUAAUUUCACCUUCAUCCCGUGAAUAUAGGCAGCUGCAUUAUUGGCUGGCAGCAAAGUGAAACGCCGAGCUCUAUGUUUAUUUAAGUUUAAAUUACAUUCCUACUUUCUACAGCCGGAAAACCAUCUUCUGGGUGAUCUGUCUUGGCAGGAUGCAAAAGCCUUGCUUAUCUUUUGAUAAGAGAAAUUAUUUUGGGAUAAAAAAGAUAAGGGGAGACAGAUGGUUGUUUCCAUGGUGCUGCUGAGGUUGGAGCUUGGUUUUUCUGAGCCAAUCAUUUGCUUACCUUAUGCCAUUCUGAUUGUAUCCAGUCUACACGCCAUGUGCUUUGCUAUUCAAGUAAAGUCAAGCUGUCUCGCGAUGUAAUUGUCUAUCUCCCAUUAUACCUUCAGUGGAGAACCAGUAAUGGCACAACCAGCUGUAGUACAGACCCAAUAAUAAAAACAACAAGUAUAAGGAAUCUAAAACCCGCUUACAUACAACUGCAUCAUUUUUUUUUAAAGAAGAUAACAUAUUAGAGGCAGUUGUGGUGAGGAUGCCACUGUAGACGUUAUCACACCACAGGGGAUCUCUUUUCCUGGUGUCACAGGAAGAGUUAGAAGAUAUUUGGGAGCUGGGGAGCUGGCACCAUAGUUAAGAAUGUUGAACUGCUUAUUUGGAGGACCUGAGUUUGGUUCUAACUCCUAUGCCUGUGGCUCAUGACCACCUGUCACUCCAACUCCAGAGAUCCAAGCUCCCUCUCCUGACCUCCACAAGAUCCUGUGCUCAUGAACACAUCCCAUAAAAACAGACACACAGACACAGAUACAGACACACACAUACACACACACACAUCUAUACAUAAGAUAUAAAAAUAAAUCUUUUAGAAAAAGAUAUUCAGGAAGAGAUGUGUUCCAGGUCUGUGGGAUAGGUGGGCCUCAUGGACGUGAAACUGGGAAGCUAUUAGGAGCGAAGGCAGCCUUUUUUGGAGGCAUUUGUACAUCCUCAACCAUGUUCUUCCUUCUUCCCAUUGCCAGCUGAUAUUUCUAUCAGUUUAGCUCUGGCUGCUUCCAAGUGCCAGAUUUUGAUUUCAAUUCUUUUGUCCAACUUACUCGGAUUCUCAGUCCCAGACCUGGAAUAUCUACAUAAUCUUUCUGCCUACCUGCCUGCCUGUUUUUCUUUCUUUUUUUUUUCCGGAGCUGGGGACCAAACCCAGGACCUUGCGCUUGCUAGGCAAGUGCUCUACCGCUGAGCUAAAUCCCCAACCCCUUUUCUUUCUUUUUUUAAAAAAUAUUUAUUUAUUAUGUAUACAUCAUACAGCUUUCUGCCUGCAUGUAUGCCUGCAGGCCAGAAGAGGGCACCAGACCUCAUUACAGGUAAGCCACCAAAUAGUUGCUGGAAGUUGAAUUCAGGACUUCUGGAAGAGUAGACAGUACUUUUAACCUCUGAGCCAUCUCUCCAGCCCCCGUCUGUCUGUCCAUCUGUCCGUCUGUCCAUCUGUCUGUCUGUCCAUCUGUCUGUCUUUUUAAGCAGGGUUCUGGUUGGCCUGGAGCACUCCAUGUAGACAAGGAGGCUGGCUUUAAACUCACAAAGAUCUGCCUGCCUCUGCCUCCUGAGUGCUGGGAUCCAAGGCGUGCAGCGUCACAUGCUGCAGCCCACUUCAUUUCGUUAAACCAGGACCCAUAAAAUUUGGGUUAGUGGCUAAUCUGUGAUGGCUCCCAUCCUACCUCAAUCCAUUCAGCAGUGGUUAAGGUAAGUAGAGUCACAUGGUAUAGCAGAAGGCUGUGACAGGAAAGAGAGACAGACUGGCACUAAUCUAACAUGCAUUUUGUUUGCUUUGUUUCUGUUUUUAGCUUUGGCUUUUCAGGACAGGAUUUCUCUGUGUAGCCCUGGCUGUCCUGGAACUCACUUUGUAGACCAGGCUGGCUUUGAACUCACAGACAGAGAUCCACCUGCCUCUGCCUCCCUAGUGCUGGGAUUAAAGGUGUGCGCUCUAUCACUGUCAGGCUCUAAUAUGGUUGUCAUGUUUAAGUCCAUGUGUGAGAGUAGGAAUGCCAAGUGUCAGCCAGAAAGGGUGUCUUCUGGGGAAAGGAAGUAGAGAGAAGGAUGGGGCGCUUGCUAAUCUGCAGGAGUAAGACAUUGCUUUAAAUGGAAGGAUUCAGAAAGCAUCUCUGGGGACUGUCCUUUGAGUUGAAACCUAAGGGUUAUAGAGGGAAAAGGUGAGAGUGAUGGAAAAAAAAAGGGGAAAGGAAAGAUAAAAAAGGAACUGAGCAGAGCGAGAAGUGGGGGAGAGCUGCUGAGUGCUGAGGUGGGACGUGCAGAACAGAGGUCGUGGUACCCUGUGGCGCACUUGGAAAUCUGCUCUGAAGACUAGACAUACAUGAAGAGGGUAUGAAGCAUCGCAAAGUGGGACAAGCAAAGGACAACUGUAAGAAGGUGGGUAUGAGCUUUUCUUGACAUCUUAACACGCCUGAAAACUACAUGUUGAUAGUCCACUUUAGAGACAUGGCUCUCAAUGUAGCCAACAGAGGAUGACCACAGCGUGUAUUCUUACGAUACACGUUACCCCAUAGUAAUAUGUAGGGAAGAUGUUAUGUAGAAAGAAAACAUUAGCCAUCGAGUCCCCAGGUUAUCUCCUAUUCUUACAGCAACCUGGCGAGCUGGGUUUUCUUGUUUUCCAGAUAGGAACACUAAAGAUCAAAGUGAGUAAGAGCCUACAGAUGUCACCAUCUACUAGUAGCCAGCCUAUAGUUUAGAGAAAAUAUAUCAUUUCCAAAGCCUAUUGUUCUUAAAUUGUAUUUUCAGGAUGAUGAUUCGAUUGAAUUGGCUAAGAAAACAUACAGGAGCUGGAAGUGGUGGUGCAUGCCUUUAUUAUUAUUAUUAUUAUUUUUAAAAGACACGUUUAUUUUAUUCAUGUAAGUACACUGUAGCUGUCUUCAGACACACUAGAAGAGGGCACUGGAUCCCAUUACAGAAGGUUGGGAGCCACCAUGUGGUUACUGGGAAUUGAACUCAGGACCUCUGGAAGAGCAGUCAGUGCUCUUAACCACUGAGCCAUCUCUCCAGCCUGGUGCAUGCCCUUAAUUCCAGAACCUUGGAUUGGUGAAGGGAAGAGGACGGCAGAUCUCUGACAUCAAGGCCAACCUGGUCUACACAUCUAAUUUCAGGACAGCCAGGGCUACACAGAGGAACCUUGCCUUGAAAAACCAAUUAAAAAAAAAAAAGAUACAGGGCAGCAAGAUGACUCAGUGGGUAAGAGUGCUUGCUGCCAAACAUGCAUACCUGAGUUCGAUCCCUGGGCUCCACAUGAUGGGGAGUACUGACUUCUGCAAGGUCCCCUUCUUUAUGUGCAUGCCAUGGCAUGUGGGUUCCCACAGACAGAUAGACAGAUAGACAGAAAGAAAUACAAGUAAAAACUUAAAAAGUGCAGCAACAAAUGAAUUCAGUACAGAAUCAUUAGCUCCCCAUCAGUUUGAGAAAGGAGGAAUGACUUCAUCAAGAGGAAAAACAGAUCACAGAAUUACACUGAAGUUCAUGGAAUUUCAGCGUUGGGAGAAUUUAGAAGCCAGCUCACAUGACACAACAAAGUCAGGAUUCCUGUUACCAGCCUGAUGGGAUGUUACCCAGAUUUCAUUAGAGAAAGCAAAGGGUUGGGCAUAUCUUCCCCACCAGGUCUCAGCUCUGUCAGUCACUAUUAGAGCAUCACUAAACCACUUUAUUCCCUUCCAGUUUCCUUAGCUAGUAAUUAAAUAUUUUUUCACAGACCACUGUUGGACAAAUGAAAGGAGACAGGUAUCGGAUUACCUUUGAAGGAAUUGAAGAUCCUGGAGGAAAAUUUUGUUCUGUUGUUGAGCUGGGAAGCUGGUAUGAGUCAACGGUGUGAAUCUCAAGCGCUAUUUAAAUUGAACGAGUGGUCAAAGAUGACUUUCAAUUCAUAAUGUGAAGCUCUGUCCGAUGAUGGAAUGGUUAUUUGUGUUCUUUCUCACUGAUGGACGCGAGAUGGCGAUCGGGAGCUCGUAUGCGGCUUUCGGGACGCUCCUGGUCCACCCGCUCCGGAGAGAAACUACAACUCCCGGAGUGCUCGGAGAAGGGAGGCGGGGUCUUCGGGUAGGAACGCGAGGGCUGGUCUUCCGGGUGUGUGUUUCCGGCGUCGGCGGCCGCGGCCGGGGACGGUGUGAGAGCGGUAAGAUGGCGGCCGCAGCGGUGGUAGAGUUCCAGAGAGCUCAGUCUCUACUCAGCACUGACCGGGAGGCCUCCAUCGACAUCCUCCACUCCAUCGUGAAGCGUGACAUUCAAGAAAAUGAUGAGGAGGCAGUCCAGGUCAAAGAGCAGAGCAUCCUUGAACUGGGGUCUCUCCUGGCGAAGACUGGACAAGCUGCUGAGCUUGGAGGACUCCUGAAGUAUGUACGACCUUUCUUGAAUUCCAUCAGUAAAGCUAAAGCAGCUCGUCUGGUCCGGUCUCUUCUUGAUCUGUUUCUAGAUAUGGAAGCAGCUACAGGGCAGGAGGUCGAGCUAUGUUUAGAAUGCAUCGAAUGGGCCAAAUCAGAGAAAAGAACCUUCUUACGCCAAGCAUUGGAGGCAAGGCUGGUGUCUUUGUAUUUUGAUACCAAGAGGUACCAGGAAGCAUUACAUUUGGGUUCUCAGCUGCUUCGGGAGUUGAAAAAGAUGGAUGAUAAAGCUCUUUUGGUUGAAGUACAGCUUUUAGAAAGCAAAACUUACCAUGCUCUGAGUAAUCUGCCGAAAGCCCGAGCUGCCUUAACCUCUGCUCGAACCACAGCAAAUGCUAUCUACUGCCCCCCUAAAUUGCAGGCCACUCUGGACAUGCAGUCAGGUAUUAUUCAUGCAGCAGAGGAGAAGGACUGGAAAACUGCAUACUCGUACUUCUAUGAGGCAUUCGAAGGCUAUGACUCCAUCGAUAGCCCCAAGGCCAUCACAUCUCUGAAGUACAUGUUGCUGUGCAAAAUCAUGCUCAACACCCCAGAAGAUGUCCAGGCUUUGGUGAGCGGAAAGCUUGCACUUCGGUAUGCAGGGAGGCAGACAGAAGCAUUGAAAUGUGUGGCUCAAGCUAGCAAGAACAGAUCACUGGCAGAUUUUGAAAAGGCCCUGACAGACUACAGGGCGGAGCUCCGGGACGACCCAAUCAUCAGCACACAUUUGGCCAAGUUGUACGAUAACUUACUGGAACAGAAUCUGAUCCGGGUCAUUGAACCUUUCUCCCGAGUACAGAUCGAACACAUAUCUAGCCUCAUCAAACUCUCCAAGGCCGACGUGGAAAGAAAAUUAUCACAGAUGAUUCUUGACAAGAAGUUUCAUGGGAUUUUGGACCAGGGGGAGGGUGUCCUGAUCAUUUUCGAUGAACCCCCAGUAGAUAAAACUUAUGAAGCUGCUCUGGAAACAAUUCAGAACAUGAGUAAAGUAGUAGACUCCCUCUACAACAAAGCCAAGAAGCUGACAUAGAGUUGGAUCUGUAGCGGUCCUUUGGAGAGUGUGUGUGGCGGGAGAGUGAACCCUUGGGGAAAUGCUAGGAGAUUCUUUUCUUUCUGUUCUACUUUUCGCUCGGAAAGUUUUUAACCCUCAUUGGUGCAUCUGUAUCCAGCGAUAGGCGGCCGGUUCUCAUGUAAUCAGCACUGGCCAACAUGGGAGUGGGGAAAUUGCUUAAAAAAAAGAAAAAGAAAAAAAAAGAUUCUAAAUAAAAGGAAAAAGGCUUACACUACCUAAAGCUGUGCUCUCUGCCUCCUGGGAGAGGGCCGCAAAGCCAGGCACCCCGCCAACCACUGGGGAUCCUCAUCCACCUGCUGGGCGCCACCUCUCCUCCUCUUCAGAAUUGGGUGUUUGCUGACCAUCAAAAGCAACGACUUUUUAUUCUGUUUGUACUGAACCAAAACAAACAACUAUGUAUAGACUGCUGUUUUCUUUUUCAUUUGAAAUGAGGCGUUUGGUGUUUUCCCCUGCCAUCUGGCCUGUCCACCCUUCCCUCUCUGACAUUGGCUCCAGCAGACUAGCCUAAGAGCCUGCUGUGCUGCCCCAUGGCUGCAGUGCGUGCUCGGCCCUGCCCUGUGAACAGAUGGGAAGAGGUCCAGGAGCUAGUGUCCACUACGGCCACGGGGAGCAGUGAGGGCCCACGCCCUUGGGGGCCUGCUGUGCAUGUGGCUUUUUUUAACACUGUAACUAGAUUAGACGUCAGUGUUUUAACUGUCCCUCUCCUCUCUUUCCUCUCAGCCAUGUCCUUUCCCUUUCCUUCUAGAGAAGUUGGGCUGUCUCAGCUCCAUCUGCUGCUUCCCUCUCCCACCCUUUCCUGCUGUCAGAUGGAUUUGCUUUUUUCUUUUUUCAUUUUUAUUUUUUAAAUAGUGAACAUUGGGAAUGAGACUGGGGUGUUUUUUUUUUUUUAAUUAAAAAUAUUAAUUCUCCUUGUUGCAUUUGAAGCGCCCUUGUGUCCCCCUCCCAGUGUCUUUCUCUGCCUCCUAAGAGGGUGAGGGACAGGGUGGCGGUUUUAGCAUGCUUUGUCUCCAUGCAGUUCCCUAGCAGGCUCUCAGGCCUUGUGGGCAGGUAAGCGCCAGCACCUUUGCUGCGCCUGCCUACUGUGCUUCCUCCUCUCAUCCAUGUCUUCUUUCCCUCCCCCUCCCCAUCUCCCGCCUCCUUCCUGCUGGCCUCUUCCUCUUCUUUAGAGCCUUUCUCAGAGUCUCCCUCCAGGUUUUGGUAAUAAAUUUCUAUUUUGUAAAAGGAUUUUGUUGUACCAGGGUUUGCAUCUUCACUGAAUCUGACUGGCUUUUAUUUUCCUUUUCAAAAUCAGGUUUUUGUUGUCAGCCCUCUUCUCUUCCCAUCAUGCCCAGUCACUGUUUUGGUUUUGGCACCAUCCAUAUCAAAUGUACAAACGGUUCUUGCUGACCAACACCAGGUAUAUCUGAUGUUCAGAUGAGUUCCAAUAAAAUAAUUUUUUUUUUCAAAA